AUGUCGUCCCUCACUACCCUCCUGCCUUCGGGCAAGAGACCCAACACGGAAGAUGACGCCACGACCAUCCCCCCUUCAGUCAAGAGACUCAAGACGGGAGAUGACACCGCGCGCCCUGGUCCGAGCUUUGACGCAGACAUGAGCGAUGAGGACAUGAGUGAUGAGGAGGACAAUGACGAGGAGGAUAGUGACGAGGAUGAAAGCGAAUGGGGCUCGGAUUCACAAGGGAGCUUCAGUUCGGACUCGAUGGACGAAGCUGGAAGCCCGGGGCCGGCCACUGCACAAGGAACGAUGCCGAUCUUGCCUUUCGAUGAGGCGCAUAUUGGCUCCGACGAGUGUUCGGACGGAAGUGUGAGUGAGUAUCUAGAAGAGGAAGAGCAGGAGCUGGACAAGGAGGCUGCGGACUACUUGGACACGUACGAAUGGGAACGUCGACAUUUGAGAACAGACUUGCUCAGGGAGCUAGACCGUGACGCCACCGCGUCUGUCCGGGGCCUAGAGAAGAUGGGCAAGUUGAACUUGGCUGGAGCUAAUGGAAAGACGACUGAAGAGGAAGAGAUUUCCGGCGCCUAUUAUGAGAGCGAUUCAGAGAGCGAUUCCGAGAGCGAUUCCAAGGACUGGUCGAAGCCCAACGCGGUCGGGUGGGAGUCGGCCGCGGAUGGCUCGCGACUUCUGCCAGAGGCAAUCGUGCUCAUGCUUGACUUCUUCAAGGACCGCCAGGACGUGAGCCGCGCCGAGUGCGAGGAGUACUGUCUCAAAGCAUACCUGAAGGAGGCAUAUCCGGAGGCCCAGGAGCGGCCGCUCAACGUACACCCGUAUCCCUCCGAGUUCCAGUUCCGCAACAGCUACAUGGUCGAGAUGAUCGACACCACCAUCGCCAACCCCGCCCUGAUGACCCAGUUCUACAUCACUCCCGACACGCUGGAUGAGGCCCAGCUCGCCAGGGCGAAAGAGGCAUACGGCAGCUUCGUCCCGGAGUACACCUACGUUGGCAACAUGGGUCUGGCGCCCAACCACCCAGAGCUGUUUGUGUGGCGGAUCGUGUCCCCGGCUGGGCGCCCAUUCGCGGCCAGCGGGCACCGGCUCGGUAUGCGAGUCAACCAGGACAAGUACGUCGGCAUCCUGAAGCACUUUGUCGACUUUGUAUGUGAGCCGCUGCGGCUGGCAGGCGGUGGUGACGGCCUCGGCAAUGGGCAAGACUGGCCCAUGGUGUUGCACAACCCUCGCCUCGACGAGUACAACAUCAUGGUCCGGCCCGACUGGUCCGGCAUCGCCUGCGUGCUGCUCUGGGCGGCGCCGCCCGUCAUGACGCUCCCCUUCGGCGCCUCCCUCACCGGCCUCCUGUGUCUGCAGGGGCUCCCAGACCCAUACGAGCCCCGACACGCAGCAGACGGCAGUCCUCCCCCGUUCGAGGGCUACAGCCGUGAGGUGUGCCAGUUGCAGAGCCUCUGCAUGUACUACCUGCGGAAGAAGCAUUCGGCCCUCGCGAAUGACGCCCAGCCGUGGCACCGCCUGUUCGCGGCCAUGGCGCAGGGCGUCGCGGCGGCGGCCGGCUUGGAGGAGUGCCGAAAGAAGUGCUACGGGAUGGAGCUCGACAAGUUUGUUUGGGAUUGGUGCCGCUUUGAAAUGGACUUUGGUGUCUCUGAUAUCAUGGCCGUCACCUGUGCAGAAAGCGAACGUGGAGGAGGCGAUGGCGACGUGGACAUGAUGGAUAUGGACAUGGACUGA